UGAAACACCGCAGUGGCCUGCGAUUCAGUUUUCGGCCAAAAACCGAACUCGGCUUGGUUAUCAGUCACUCAGCCUGGCCUUUGCCCGAAAGCACUCCAGGAAUCGUUCGUAGAAGAUGGCAAAUAAGUGCCGCUGCGGUGCACUGACUCUGGGCGGGGAGAACAGGGGUGUUUUCUGCGAGGGUCCCCUGCUGGACGCCGUCCAGAGGUCGAAGAUGUUUCCCGACUGCAAACACUUUGUGGACAUGAGCUGCAUUUUUACACCUGCCCAGACGCUGGCCGACUUCGAUAUGUUCAGCAACUGCCGAAAGAACGACGGCUCCCUGAGGUUCCUGCAAAUGUUUGUCGAGAAACACUUCAAUGAUCCUGGUUCGGAGCUGGAGCCCUGGGAUCCCCCCGACUGGAAGGCCCAGCCCUCGUUCCUGAUCAGGAUCUCUGAUCCCGAAAUAAAGCACUUCGGAUCGGAUGUCAAUCGACUGUGGAGGCAGUUGGGAAGGCGGAUAAAAGACGAAGUCAAGGAGAACCCCGACCACUAUUCCAUACUCUACACACCCAAUCCUUUCAUAGUGCCCUCCUCGGAUUGCCGAGAGUAUCGCUACUGGGACUCCUUUUGGAUAGUUCGGGGACUACUACAAUGUGGCAUGCAUCAAACAGCUCGUGGAAUGAUCGACAACUACUUGUCACUGGUUGAGCAAUAUGGUUUUGUGCCUGGUUGUGGCAGGAUUUACUGCUCGGGUCGCUCCAAUCCUCCCCUUUUGAUAAUGAUGGUCAAGGCCUAUGUGGAGGUGACCAGGGAUGAAAAGUACGCCCUUAGAUCGCUGCCUCUUUUGGAGACCGAGUACGAUACCUUCAUAAGUAAGCACUCGGUGCAAGUGAAGGGCAAGACCAUGUAUCAGUACAGGGACUCCUCGGCGGGACCCAGACCCGAGGCCUAUAGGGAGGACCUGGAGAGUGUGGCCAGCAUUAAGUGUCCCGUGUCCCGAGAGGUCAUGUACACUGAACUAAAAUCAGCCUCUGAAUCUGGAAUGGACUUCAGCUCACGUUGGUUUGUCACCGCCGAUGGCUCCAAUGAGGGAACUCUCAGGGACACCAAAACCUCUGCCAUCGUGCCCGUCGAACUGAAUGCCAUCGUCUUCCGGAGUGGCAAGAUCCUGGCCGAGUUCAAUCGAAAGGCGGGCAAUACUCAAAAGGCCGAAGAAUAUCAGGAUAAAGCCUGCGCUUUGGUAAAGGCCAUUCGCGACAAUCUGUGGAACGCGCAGGCCGGGAUUUGGCUGGACUACGAUCUGGUCAACAACAAGCCUAGGAACUACUUCUGCUGCACCAACUUUGCGCCAUUGUGGGCCAGGGCCUUUCCCCUCGUGGACACCGAUAAGGUGUCCAAGGGCGUGAUGCAGUACAUCAGGAUCAACCAGUUGGAUGAGCAGUAUGGGGGCGUACCGCACACGAUGAACAAGGAGUCGGGCCAGAAGUGGGACUACCCCAAUGUCUUUCCGCCCAUGAUGUUCCUGGUCGUCGAGGGAUUGGACAACCUGGGCACUCCGCAGGCCAAGGCCAUGUCCAAGCGAUGGGCCCAUCGCUGGGUGAAGUCCAAUUAUGCGGCCUACAAGUACGAGAGUUUUAUGUUCGAGAAGUACUUCUGCGAGGAAUUCGGCACUUCCGGAGGGGCUAGUCCAGAGCACACUCCAGUGGGUUACGGCUGGACCAACGGGGUGGUCAUCGAGUUCCUCUGCAAGUACGGGAAGGACAUCAGCCUGGCCGACGACCUGGACGAGGGCUGCAAGUGCAAGGCCAGAGGGGCGAAGACCGCAGGGGGCAACGAGUACAUCAUCACCAGCGAGGCGAACAUGGAGGAGCAGCCUUCCAAGAAGUCCUGCGUGUGUGGCGCUCCCUCAACAGUGGGUACCACGUCCAACAAAUCCUCCACUGGCACGAGCACCCGGAAUUCUGUAAGCAAUGGUAACCAGAAGCAACAGCAGACUGACGAUGACUGCACCUGCGGCAUUGCACAAAAGCAACGAGCUCAGGCGCAGCACGGAGCAGAUGGUACCUGCUCCUGCGGGCCAGGAGCCCACCAGCAAAUGCAGAGCAAUAAUUGUGGGCCCCAGAAACAGCAGCAAUCCCAGACUCAAAUGCAGAGAUCGCAGCUAGGACAACAAGGAGCAGAUUGCGCAUGUGGAGCGAGGUCGCAACACCAGCCGCAGCAAAAAUCCCAGCAGCAAUUCCAGGGCAACAGUGCAGGAAGCUGUGGGAUUUGUGGCUCACAAAAGCCUCAGCAAUCCCAAGCUCAAAUGCAGCGAUCACAGAUGGGAAAACAUGGAGCAGAUUGCUCAUGCGGAGCGAAACCACAGCAGCAACAGCACGGAUUGCUGGGAAGGGGAGCACCCAGUGCCGCCAGUUGUGGAGUGUGUGAAACGCAUAAACACCAGCAGUCGCAGACGCAAAUGCAGCGAUCUUCCGCAGAUCAGGAUUGCUCUGGUGUGGCAGGAUCCCAGCAGGCACAGCAGGGCAUUCUGGGAAUGCAGCACGAUCCGGACUGUCCUUGCUCCGGGCAGCAGCAGAAGGGAGCUGGACUCAUUGUUGUACCACGACAACAGCCCCUCAAAGAUGACGACUGCGAGUGCUCCAUGGACGAGCGGGAGUUGCAGCAGAUGCAGCAGCAGCAGAAGCAACAGGACUGCAAGCAGCAACAGCGGCAGCAGCAACAGGAGAACCAAAGACUGCAGCAACAGCUGGAGUGCGAGCAGAAGCAGCAGGAUUGCACCUCGAAGCCGCAGCCGCAGGAUUGCUCCCAGCACCUGAAGAGUCAGCAGCAGACGGAGGGCCCCUGUGGCUGCAUGGACGAGGAGGAUGCCAGGGAGCAACACGAUCAGGGUCACUAUUUCCCAGUGACCGACAAGGAGGACGAGGGCUGCUCCGCGGAGGAGACGCCAAGGGACUCCGGCUGCGAUGGCUGUGGCAGAGAUGAUUGCCCAGAUUCUCCCCAGGAGGACAGUGGUUGCAAUGGAGGGCAGGAGAAGGUGCAGCCAGUUCCCAUUCCGCAGUGUGCUCAACCGAAGCCACAGCAAUACGCAGCUCCAGAUGACUGCGGUUGCUCGGCGGGUCAAGGUCAAGGUAGAGCCCCACCAGCAGCACCGCCCACCACCUCCAUAUGUCCCCAUUGUGGAGGCAUAACCACUGAAUCCCAGACCAAUUGGCACUCCACCCAUUCGGUGGGCACCAACCGACCGUCGUUUCCCCACGAUGAUGAUUGUGAGUGCUCCAAGGUAGGCGGAGGGGCCGGUGGCCAGCAGAUGCGUGCAAUGGGUGUCCAGAGUGGUCACAGCAAGGGUGUGAUGGCCAGUGGGGGUGGCCCCGAGUGCGGACCCUGCAAGGCUCACAUGCCCUCCGAUUAUGCGGCGGGUCACGGACCCAAACCCUUCUACAACAAGCAGUUUCCACUGGCAGAUCCCGUGAGCACGGCUGAAGCCUGUCCAACCACAUCCGAGCCGAUCAAGAAGAAGAAGUGCUGCAACUGUGACGAAAAAGAGGAUGAGUAGAUCUACUUCAUCUGAAGAUCCCCACCCUAGAGGAACAAGCGAAGGCCCAGCCGAAGAACUGGAACUAAAUUUAAGUGUGUCAAAUUUGUAAUGGUUUUUCCAAAGUAAGCCAGCAUGAAGAUUCCAACAUCCAUCAAAGAAAUUUGAUUAUUUUACGCUCUUGAAUAAACGCAGUUAAGAUUGUAGCUAAGUAA